UGACCGCAGUUCGGUGAACGGUACCGGGAUUUGAUCGAUGCGGCUGACACGAUCGGUGAGAUGAGACAGUGCUCGGAGAGUGUGGUUCAGUCCAUCCAGGACAUGUACCGCUACUGCCACCAGCUGAAACAGGCCAAACAAGCCCCUCAGUCCAGCGGCAGAGCGGAGGGUCAGAAACAGUCGCAGGAGAGAUUCUACACGAUGGCAUCCCAGAUAAAGCUCCUCCUGGAAAUCCCAGAGCGUGUGUGGAGCGCGCUGGAGUCGUCCCAGUACCUGCAGGCCACGCAGCUCUACCUGCUGUGCUGUCACCUUCACAGCCAGCUUCACCUGGAGGGAGGAGGGCAUCAGUACAGCCCCGUCCUCUCUCGCUUCCCCAUCCUGAUGCGCCAGGUAGCAGCUGCCGGUCAUUUCAGGUACAUCAUAGAAUUACACCCAACAAAGAAAACCAAAAAUGACAAGUCUGUCAACAUUUACUCAUCCGGAUGUCGUUCCAAAGCCAUAAGACUUCGGUCCACCAUCUUGCUGGAGAGUAAGUCUGUGCUGCGCGGCAGGGCUGUGUCUGAUCAAGCGAUCACUGAAGCGCUGGUCUCCAGCAUGCUGCUGGAAGACAGCUCCCCUCGCCAGGCGCUUGCUGAUUUCCUGCUGGCAAGGAAAGCAUCCAUUCAGCAACUACUCAAUCAGCCCCAGCAUGGUGCUGGUGUGAAAGCACAGGUCUGUUCUCUGGUGGAGCUGCUGGUCACCACUCUGUACCAGGCAUACGCUGUGUUUUAUGUGCCUCCGGAGGGCCAAGUGUCCGAUACCGGUUUGGGAUGUGGCCUUCUUUUCACCACCUUGGAGAAUGUGACCUCCAACACUUCUGGGAAAGAGAACAAAGUUCUGGACAAGGAGAUGAGCACAGGAAGCUGGUUUAAAUACCUUCCCGCUUCAGUGAUGAACUUCCAGCCUGUUCUUCGGACGCUAGCGCAGCCGAUACAGAGGGAGCAGCUCCGAGACACACUGCAGCAGUGGAUUGAUACCUGUAAGGAGGAUAUGCGCAGCGGGGUCAGCAGCCUUCUGGUCUUUGUGAAGAGUCUGAAGGGUCUGGCUGCGAUCCGGGAUGCAGUGUGGGAACUGCUCGGCAGCGAGUCCAUCAGUCAGCACUGGAGCACUGUGUGUCAGUCCCUCCUCGAGCGACCUCUGGCCUUGUGGGAUGACCUUUUGCAUCAGCUCUUCCUGCAGCGACUUCAGGCGAUCACUCAGGAGGGCACAGGAGGGAUCUCCAGCAGCUCCAGACAGCUCUUGUCUUCAGCUCUGCGGGAUCUGCAGGGUCAAGCCACAGCCGGGAGCUUCAGCCGUGGGGUGCACUACGAGAGUGACGUUGCAGCUUUCCUGUGGUCUGAGACUCAAGGUGACCUGCUCAGUGACACAGCCUGGGUGAAUGUAGCCCAGCGCACCCCGCAGCAGAAGAGCGGUCUGUCCAUGAAGACCCAGGUCCUCACCCCCUGCGUUCAGACCUUCUGCUCCUCGCUGGACUCCAAGCUCAAAGCCAAAUUAGAUGAUCUGCAGCACUACUUGCCCUCUGAAAAAAAUGGCAAGGAGCUUUCAGAGAUGGUCCCGGUCACCACUAACUCCUCUAUUAACCGCUAUAUGGAUGCUGGAGCGGUGGAGGACACUCUUAGAGAGCACUGCUUGGCAUGUGUCAGGGACAUCCUUUCCAGCGUGCGUGCUGAGCUCGCUAACACCCAGGCUAAGACCAACAACCCCAACCAGUUAAAUUCGGUGCUCUUUAUGGCCAGGCUAUGCCAGUCAAUGGGGGAAUUGUGUCCUAGUCUGAAACAGUGCAUUCUGGGGAAACAGGGGGGCUUGGAUCCCGUGAGCAGAGGCACUCCACGACAGGGCAAGAAGUUAGGCAAAGGCAACACAGCCAAGGCAGCGGAUGUCAGCCCAGCACAGGCUAAGUGGAGCUGUCUGAACGAGGAGCUUCUGUCCUGCAGCAUGGAGGCCUACGGUAUCUGGAGCUCAGCACUCACCAGGGCACUUGUGGGGAGCUUUGCUACGCCUCUUCACACGGGAACUGCUGGAUCCAUCCUGAGUACCGCCACAAAUUGGGAAGAGCUUGAAAUACAGGAAGAGACCGAGUCAGGAAACAAUAUAAUGUCCAAAAUCCGCCUCCCUGUGCAGCCAUCAUGGUAUGUUCAGUCGUUACUCUUUCAUCUGUGCCUUGAGGUCAAUCGGGUCGGAGGUCACGCGUUACCAAAGGUCACUCUCCUGGACCUCUUGCGGGGUUGUCUAGAUCAGGUGGUGAGUGAGUAUGAAAAACUCACUCAAAAAACACACAGCAAGGAUGCAGGCCUCCCCAUGACCCAGAGCAGAGCUUUGCAGUUGCUGUUUGACCUUCGCUAUCUCAGUGCCACUCUAGGGUCCCGCCUUGAAGAGGGCAGGAGCUCCCGCUCUCAGCAAGACCCAAGGAUCCAGCAGGUCUGCGACUCGCUGGAAAGCCACAUUGAUCCGUUUGACCUGGACGUUUUCACUCCCCAUCUGAACAGUAACCUCAACCGACUCUCACAAAGGAGCUCUGUGCUUUUAGGAUUGUUGACUGGCACGGAGAAGCAGUUUACCUCGAGGACCAACAAUAUCAACUCUCAGGAACCAUACAACAUCCUUCCUUUGGCAAGCAGCCAGAUCCGGUUUGGUUUGCUGCCACUGAGUAUGACGAACUCUCGGAAGAAUAAUUCAGCCACACAUGGAGCAGAUCUCACUAGACCACUGGUGGCUCCCUCCUCUGCUUCUGCUCCACAGGACAGUUUCCGGCCAGGAAAUCUCUUCAGGCAGUUAGCCAAUCAAGAAGAGGAAUCCACAGCCCCUUCUCUCUUUAAAUUAGGCUGGCUUUCUGGCAUGGCCAAAUAAACUUUUAUUGAAAAA